AAAUAUUAUGGGUGUAAUGGCAUCUAAUUAAGCCCAAAAACAUAAAUUAGCAGUGUAAGAAGAGAAUUAAGUAUAAGAGAUAGAAAAAGAAAACAUGGAAAUAGAAUAGGCUGAUUAAAUUAGUGUUGAAAACGAAAAGUAUAUCUAAAAUUUUAAAUAUUAGAUACCCUUUCUGUAUAGUUUGGACUAGUAUUCCAGUUUUAACAUGGCUUAUCCCUUGUAUUGGACAUACUGGAAUUUGUACUUCUUAAGGAACUAUUCAUGACUUUGGAGGACCCUAUUAUAUUGCAAUUGAUAAUUUUACUUUUGGAAAACCAUCAAAAUAUGUGAAAUUAAAUAAACAAUUUGAAGUUUCAAGAUAAAAUUGGGAUAAUGCAGUUUAAAAAGCAGAUGAUGAAUUCGGUUAAUAAAUGGUAUUUUUCUACAAUAAAAUUAGCAUAAUCUAUUUACAAAUAAUUGUCACAGUCAUGUCGCUAAGGCACUGAAUAACAUGAAAUAUAAUGGAAAAUAAUCUUAUACUAUGUUUCAUAUAUGGUUAAUGCUUAUAUUAAGUGGAUAAUAUGUUAGGUAUUCAUCUCAAUAAUUUCAAUAGUUUUGGAAAAUUUUUUAUGACAUUUUUACCAUCUUUGAUACUUUAUGGAAUCAUUUUUAUGGUUAUUUUUUUUAAUAAAUGA